AUGGAUCGUCCUCAAUCCCCAGACUACCAAAAGCUUUAUUUAGAACUGAUGCAGACAAGUGACAAAACUACAUUUGCUGAGUUUCUACGCGGUUGUCAUGAUUUGUUGUCUCGACCCCUGCAAAUAGAACCGCCCUCUCGCCCCACUACCGGACAGGUCCCGUCCCCGAUAGGAAAAUAUUGCCCAACGAAGCUACGGCAAUGGGCGGAUUGCGCAUCCCGACAACAAAAGAUUUAUGAUUCUGUUUGCAAAUACUUCGGAGACAUUGAUAAUCAGCCACACCGCUUGUUUUGGAGUAUUGGUUGUCUGCAAGCCACUGCCCGACAUUUACCGAAAUCAAUACAUAGUGAAAGGACAUUACGGUUCUGUGAAGACAUUGUUGUCAACGCAAAUGUGAGGAAGAUAAUUGAAGGGCUAUGUCAAUUCCGUCGGGCUCGUCAAGAAUUUCAAAUUGAAAGAGGGGUGUUUUUUGACAGACAUUCCAAUUCAUUAGAAGUGGACAAUCCAGGAGAUGAACAAUCACGACCUGAUCAUGACUGUAUCCACCGACUUGAUGGUACACGCUCCUUGCUUAUGACGUUGAAAUAUCAACCGCCGCAUAUAUUGACUACGGAGCAUCUCCGACUCGGUCUACGUGAAAUGGACUUUUGGCAAGAUGUAGUACGCAAGGAUUCGGAGACUACAGCCGCAGAAAGUUCUGAGAAGAUACAGCACGAUGCGGAACGAACUGUAGGAGCUGUUUUAACUCAGGUGUAUGAUGAUAUGAUUUGCCAGGGGCUCGAAUAUUCAUGGAUCACAAAUGGCCUCGCACUUGUUCUUCUCCACAUACCAUAUAACGAACCCAGUACUUUGGAGUACUUUCUGUGCGACCCUCUCCAAGUUAAACCGGGCGAUCUUCAAGAGCCAAAUACCGCCGUCGCUCGGGUACUCUGCCUUAUCUUAAUGGGCUGUCUUUGCUCCCCCCGGGAUACUCCAUGGCGAGAGUCUACGAAACGCUCGCUCCACCGAUGGGGUUCUGCUCUUAUCUCCAAUGAGAGACAAGAAAUUUUCAACUUUACAUACCCCGGCUCUAGUGUUGAUCCUGAUUUAUCAUCCUUAAGACCUUUUUGCACCCAAAAAUGCCUCAAGGGACUCCAACAGAACAAAGACUUAGAUCCUGUUUGUCCUAACGUUCAUCUACAUCAGCAGGACAAGAAGGACCAAACCCAACAUUUGAUCACGAUUGAAGAAUUUACUCAGCAGCUGAAAGAGCAGAUAGUCCAUAAUAUCGAUCGAUGCUGUAUAUCUUUAGGAAACUGUGGGAUUUCAGGUGCACCUUUCAAAGUUAUCUGUUCUCAAUAUGGCUAUACAAUCUUUGGAAAGGGAACAACCGACCAGCUGUGGCCACAUGUGUCUCGGGAAGAGCAGGUAUAUUACAUUCUACGAGAUCUGCAAGGCUCAAUUGUUCCUGUUUUUCUCGGUCCAAUUGAUCUCUGCACGACAUUUUUCCUUCACGGAGCUGGACGAAUUCGACACAUGUUACUAAUGGCCUACGGAGGCGAGCACAUCGAUUAUGAAAAACCUUACCCCCGCCAGAUACCGAAAACCAACCGUGCACGGAAGGCAAUAAGUUCCCGGGGAAUAGAACAUGGCGACUUUCGUCUGGAACAUCUUCUAUGGAGUGCUGAGAUGGAGUCGGUCAUGGUUAUUGAUUUCCAUGCGGCCAUUUUAUUAAAGAAACGUCGACCUGGACCCAAAGAGAAGAAAAGAAAAGGAAAUGAAGAUCGACAUACAUCCCAUGUACGCCAAAGCGGCCUUAAAGAAAGCAUGUCGAAUUAA